UUUUUCACUUAGUUAUUACUUACAAUGAUACAACUUUGGAUCGUUUUGAGUGUCGCAAUAGGUAGCUCCGUUACCAACGCUGUAGAAGUUUCGACAAGUUCGGGUACUAUUCGAGGAACAGUUUUAAAAUCUCGAUUGGGAGAUGAGUUUUAUGCAUUCAGGGGCAUCCGAUAUGCUAAGUCUCCGGUAGGAGAGCUGCGAUUUAAAAACCCUCAACCAGUGGAGCCAUGGAAACCGAACGUCUUCGAUGCCACUACGGAUGGACCACAAUGUCCGCAACAACCUUUUAAUUCAACUGACAACUCUGAAGAUUGUCUUCGGCUAAAUGUCUAUUCAAAAAGCCUCAAAGCCAACACAUUGAAGCCGGUUGUUGUAUACAUCCACCCGGGUGCUUUUUAUGUAUUUUCCGCCCUCAGCAAGUCGUUUGCUGGCCCCGAGUUUCUGAUGGAUCGUGACAUAGUGUUGGUUACAAUUAAUUAUCGUCUGGGAGCAUUAGGAUUUCUUGCUACAGGAACAUCAGAUGCACCUGGCAAUGCUGGACUAAAGGAUCAAGUUCUUGCGUUACGUUGGGUUAAAGAUCAUAUACGAAACUUCGGAGGCAAUCCAAAUUCAGUAACAUUGCUGGGAUACAGUGCAGGCAGUGUUAGCGUUGGCUUUCAUAUGAUGUCACCAAUGUCUAGAGGAUUGUUUCACAGAGGCAUUGCAAUGAGUGCGUCCCCGAUACCAUUGGAGAAAUUUCCAGAAAACCAAUUAGACUUAGCUAAAAAGCAGGCGGAGUUAGUAAAGUGCCCUACCAAUAAUUUGGAUGCCAUGAUGAAAUGUUUGAGAACUACACCGGCUGAAGAAUUUGUAAAGACGUUCCUAGAUUUAUACAAUCUUGGAUACUAUAUGCUUCAAGUUUUAGAAAAGGAUCACGGGCAAGAAAGAUUUUUAAUUGAAAAUCCGACUGAAGUUUAUCAGGAAGGAAGAUUCCAAAAGACUCCACUUAUCAUUGGUAUGACAAAAGAUGAGUUUGUGCGAAUUGCAAAAUUUAUGCUGGAAGAUAAGGAGCUCACAAGGAAAUUCAAUUCGGAAUGGGAAAUACAAGCUCCAAUUAUUCUUAAAUACGAAAGAAAUACCCAAAAAUCCAAGUAUAUUAGUACUGUUCUCAAAAGCGAAUACCUGAAAAACCAAACAUUGAGUAGUGACAUACCAUUCGAACCCUUUGGAAAGCUUUUUAGUGAUGCUAUUAUCGGCUUUCCAGUGCACAGAUUUGCACAUUUGGCAGCACGUUAUGUUCCGGUUUAUUAUUACAGAUAUUCAUACCGGGGACGAUUCAGUGAUUUUUUGUAUCCAGGAGAUACUGCUUACGGAUCUGUUCAUCACGAUGAUUUGUGGUAUUUGCUCCAUAAUUCAUUCAUAUCUCCAAUAUAUUCGAAAAUUGAUCCAGAGGAUAAGACUGUUGAAAGAUUGACAAGAAUAGUUGCGCAAUUUGCAACGACCGGAAAUCCAAAUAAUCCAAAAGAUGAUUAUCUCAAAAAUAUGAAUUGGAAACCGUUGGAUUUGAAAAAGGAAAACUUCUUGGAAAUCGGAGAUGAAUUAGUUAUGAAAGAAAGGCUUUUCUUAGAACGAUUUGAUAUAUGGAAGAGACUUUUUCCAUUGGAAUGGAAAGGACUUCAAUGCAACGGCCAGAGUAUUGAUUAUCCAGAAGUAUAG